CCUUUUACCACCUGAACCAUCCUUCCUGACAAUAUCAACGAUCGGAGAAUUCAUGUAAAAAAUGAAAGAUAGAGAACUUUAUAAUAUCACCCAUAUCCUAAUAAAACUGAUUAAAGUAACAUAUUUUUUUCCGACUUCAAAAAGAAAAACACAUAUUUUUUUCCCAUUUGAUGAAUUGUGGAAAUGAAUAGAUAGAUCCAAAACUGCGUACUUUCCAUGUAAGGCCCAACGCGUCUGAGUAAAUUUGAAGAGUAGUUUAUAAUUUAGCCGACCAUUGGGGACAACCAGAUCCAUUAACGCGGCGAAUCGUAGCCACGCGCCCAGAACACGUGCAAGGCCCGCCAUUAAAGGAAGCUCCGAACACCGGCCCCCUCACACGUGCCCAAAAUCCUAUAUAUUCGAUCCACACCAUUCCCAGCCGACACAUGUACGAGGACUGGGUACUACUCAUCAUCAGUCUAAAUUAGAUCGAUCGUGCCUGAAGAUUUGAUUUUGUCUUAAUUUCUGGUUCUGUUUUGGUUUUGUGAGGGGGGAUUUUUUUUCAGUCAAAGGAAGAAAAAACAGAGAGAAAGAAAGAGUAAGAAAAUGGAGUUGUUGGACAAGGCGAAAGACUACCUAACGGAGAAGAUAGCGAACGUGCCGAAGCCGGAGGCGGCCGUGACGGACGUGGAUCUCAAAGGGGUGAGCAUGGAGUGCGUGACGUACCACGCUAACGUCUCCGUCAAGAACCCUUACAGCGUUCCCAUUCCCAUCUGCGAGGUCUCUUACGUCCUCAAGAGCAAUGGCCGGCAGAUUGCCUCCGGUACCAUCCCUGACCCGGGCUCACUCAAGGGUAGUGACACCACCAUGUUGGUUGUUCCGGUGAAGGUUCCCUACAAUGUGCUGCUGAGCUUGGCCAGAGACAUUGGCGCUGAUUGGGACAUUGAUUAUCAGAUCGACAUCGGCCUCAUCAUCGACCUCCCGGUGAUCGGAAACUUCACCAUUCCCCUUUCUCAGAAGGGUGAGAUCAAGCUGCCUACUUUCUCUGACUUCUUUGGUGGUGGUGGUGGUGAUAAAAAGGAUGCUGAGGAUGAGAAGAAGGUUGUCAAGGAAUAAAGAAAACACCACUAUACACUUGUUAGAACUGUCUUUUUCAGCUGCUUGUAGUGGAACUAAUUAAAGUCAUUUCUGGCUUAUAAUAAGAUGAUGUUUUGAACUUGUAUGAUGGAAAUGUUCCAAUUCUCUGGUAGCUUAAUCACACAAAAUACAUCGUAUCAAAGUCUUACUAGAAUCGUGGGCGUGUUAUAGGAAGUGUGACACUAUUACACAAUGCAGGAAAUGAUGAUGUGCUAAUUAUAGAGAUUCUAUUAAGUUGGAGACGACUGGAUUCCUGUUCCUGUCCUGGACCCCAAAUCCAUCUGCAUGUUGGUAUAUGAAAUGGGCUACUCUUGCUGCAUUUAGUAAGCAGUGCUUGAUGGGUUCAUGUCCAACAAGGGAAUGGCCUUUGAUUUUCUUCCAUGCCUUUAAUAUUAUUAUGCUUUUGAUGUGCUCUCUUGCCCUAGCUUCCGAUGCAUUCGAGUCCAUCAUAUAACAAAACAUUGAUGAGGCAGCGUCUCUUCUCUCUUGUUCGGUUCGUCCUACACAUAAUAUAUGCAACAAUCAUAUCGCAAGUACAAAAUAAUUAGCAGUCGAC